CUCAUCGCGUUUUGAAAUCGAUAGACAAACAAGGACAGACGGGUUUUAUUUAGUUUGAACAUAUCAGAUAUAUAGAUCUUGGUUUUGCAUUUUCGACGGGUUGAAUUUUGGGCGUUGAGCGCGAGUGCAGAAGUAACAGCGAAAGCGAAAUGCCUUUUUAUACCCUUAAAGUCAAAUACGAGAACCCCGGGGCCUACGAGCAAUUCGGGAAAGAUAUCCAGAAUACAGUAAAAACCAAGUACGGCGAAAAGGGUGCUUGGGAUUUCAAGCAGCUUAUCGCGCAGCCGGGUUCAUUUCCGCCGACGCAGUUUACCAUCUUCGAAGUGCCAGAAGACGUUUCGCUGGAUGAGUUGUUGGAGGUUAAAUUGGGAGAGGGUGUUUCUACUGAUAUCGAGGGGAUUUGAUUGAUGUUGAUAUUGUAUAUUCGAGCGAUGAGAUUACUGAGGGAUAGAAGUGGGUGUAGGAUAGGGUAAUACUACUGGUUCUAAAGUGACUUUUGU